UCCAGAGGCUUGUCACGUGACUCGGAUGCUUUCAAAGUGAUCACCAAUCUUACAUGUUUAGUGCACCGUAAGAAAAUUUAGAGAACGGAUCACCAAUCUGUCGAUCGUAAGAACCGAAGGAGGAUUUUCUUUCAUCUUAGGGUUUCCGGCACAUGCAGCAUUUUGCCUGGCGCGGCAGUCGUGGAAACAAGCGGUGAGGAAGAUACCAGAAAAGGAUUGGGUAACACCGAAAUCUUCGGAGUUGCACUAUUACUGAUUCUACACACACAUUUAUGUUAGGUAUGGUUUUAAAAUUAGUCGUGGAUUGUAGACGUCUUUAGACGUAACCGUAUCAAGUCCGAAAUUUUAUCUGAAAUCAGAAUUUUACCAGUUGACUAAAUUUUCUCACAAAUCACUUUGAAUAUCGUAAGACUGCUCGAGCUACAUCAUCUAUUGAUCACACGUCCAAAGGCAUAUCUGAUAUCUUUAACCUCUUUGGCGGGCAAUUUGAAUAACGAGAUCAGAAACCAGGGUGAUAUUUCAAAACGGAAUAUAUUCAUUUCAAGGUUUAUGCACUCGCAAGACGUUGACAGAUGAAGGCCAAUUACGUUAUCCAGAUCUGACAACAUACACGCGCACUUUUUUGGUAUGAAUCGCAAGAGGAAAGCCAGAUAGAGAAAGCGAAAGGAAGAUUUUCAACUUGCCCUUCUGCAUCGUCUUGUCAUUUGGAAGUAAUUUGUGAGCGCCUGGAGCGACACAAGUGAGGUGCGUGUUUUGAUUUCGUCGCUGUUUCUUUCACUAUUCUUGUGUAGCACCUGUCUUUAGACCGCCACAUUUACAUUUCUCGUUCGCAAGAAUUAAGCCAUCCAGGCGGAAAUAUUAGGGAAUAUCGAGGGAGUGUGGAGGAGAAAGAAAGAAGUGAUAGAAAAAGUCCUCCAAAAAGGGACCCUACUUGUGAAAUUCUUGUCCGUGACUACGUAAUAGCGCAACGCAAGCGCUCUUGCAUAAAAUCGGGCGGAACGCCUGCAUGCAUCUUGCGCCAGAACUGUCCAGCAUUCGUGUUUCGCCCCUUACUUUGAGAGGUGAUUGUGAAUUGUGAACAACGAUUAGCAUUCGAUUGCUGUCGAUAGGAGCCUCCGAUUGUUACGCAUGAGCGACUUUGUUUCAUCUUGCAUCAACUACGUCCGAAUCAGUUUAGUCGUUGUCAUAGUAACGGAUUUACUCGAACGAGAAACAGUGUUCAGUCAAGAGAGAGAAUUUAGUCGUUGAGAAAAGCACUUUCUUUUCCUUCUUGAAAAAAAAAAACAUGUCAUCGCAGCAUCAUAUUCGGGCGCAAUAUUAUACCUUUCACCGCAUUCAUCCUUACGUUCAUAGCAUACUUGAUACUCUACUCUUCACCGGAAAUUGACAUAUCAAUAUCUUACACGCCAAAGGGAAAGGUGUACAUCUUACAGGAUUAUUGCAUUUUAUCACGUACAGUUUUAAAUCUUAUUCGAGGGUCGAAAUAGUUAUAGAGUUUGUGUCGUCACGCCAAAGAUCUGCAUAGCGUCACAACAGCCACGCAGCCUAUUCAGCAGCUAAUGAAGUUCAAAUAGUAAUUGGUUUCGACCUUCGGGGCCAAGCUGGCACAGUGAGGGUUCUAUGCUCCGACCCCUCGUUUCGAUACAUCGCUAAUCCUUCAACGAUUAUCAGACGACGACGAAUGCAAAUCUGUGAACCGAGCGUAUCAAUUUUUUUCCACCGGAGGUGAAUGCAAAACAAAAACACAUCGCGUGUCCAUGUGAUGAUGAUUAUCUUUGAAUUCCAUGACGACGAUGUAUUUCUAGAUUGUGUGAUCUAUUCUGGUGACAACUAGAGGUGAAAAUGUAUGUUAUUAAUUCUGUUUUGGUGCAUUCACGUUAAGGGAGUGUCGAGCUUGCCCUGGAUAGAGUGAUUGGAGAGAAAUUGAUAUUCUGCCAAUUCUCUUUCCUCAAUUACACUAGUGUUCUCAGUUAAUGUUUUCUACUAAUGUGUACGACGAAUUUCGCUAUAUUCUUCGAUAUUGAAUGAAACCGCUUUCGCCCUUUCAGUUGGAUUGCUUAAAUCGUGUCGAUAGUUGGGAGUAGUUUCUCCCCAUUUAAAGAGAGUUGCUUUCUGACAUCUUUUAAUGCGUCUGAAAGAGAACAAUGGAGGAUGUAGAUUCGAACUACACACUGAUAUACUACCAAAACGACAACGACUCGUUCACAAACUCCGAUACGCCGUCGGAAGGCUAUACGACGGGUGUUCUUUCCGUCAUCGGAAUCGUUCUUGUUAUCAUUAUCUUCGCUACCAUUUUUGGAAAUAUCUUGGUUAUACUAUCACCGACCGUCAAUCGCAGGUUACGGAAUGUCACUAAUAUGUUUAUUGUGUCGCUUGCGGUCGCCGACUUGUUGCUGGCAAUUCUUGUUCAACCGUUCAGUGGUCUGAUGGAGCUGCGCAACCAGAGAUGGAGUUUCGGGGCCAUAGUCUGUAAUCUUUACGUGUCUUUUGAUGUACAACUCUGCACUGCUUCCAUCCUCCACCUCUUUGCCAUCAGCAUCGAUCGGUAUAUCGCUAUCAGUGACCCUAUGAACUACCGGAAGCGCCUCGAUAGACGAAAAGCGGUGAUUACCAUCACCAUCGUUUGGGCAGUGUCCAUAUCAAUAUCAUUUUUACCAUUGCAUCUCGGUUGGAACACGGACUCGGGAGAGAUCCAGAACUUCGCGCAACCGGAGAAGUGUUAUCUCCACGCGAACACAUUUUUUGCUCUUUUGGACGGGCUCCUACUUUUCUAUCUACCUCUGACAGUUAUGUGCUGUUUGUAUUUCCGCGUACUCAACAUUGCGCGCAACCAAGCGCGUAAGAUCAAUUCACAGACUGCACAUGUGUCAGCGCAGUACAACGGCAACGCCAAGUCCACGUCGCGCGAAGUCCUGAAAGCGCCGAAACCACGCGCUGGCGUGGAUGAACAUCGGGCUACUAAAAUGCUUGGCGUUAUCAUGGGGAGUUUCAUCAUCUGUUGGGUGCCCUAUUUUACCAUCUUUACUUUUAUUCCUUUGUGCAACUGCGAGGUUCCGCAGGCCUUGUCGUCGGUUGCUUUGUGGCUGGGGUAUUUGAACAGCACGCUGAAUCCCAUCCUGUACGCAGCACUCAACCGGGAAUUUCGGCGAGCGUUUCGGAAACUAUUGCGACUGAGACGUUACAAAAGUCACGACGGCAACACGUAUAUCUCCCAUCUAGAGCUGUCCACGCCGCAUCUUUUGUCGGGCCAAGACGGUAAAUGCAGCGCAUCAGCAGGCAGGAGAGGAAAGAUGGGGAAUGGCAGUCCUACAGAUGUGGACUCACGGAAAAAUUCAAGGGAGAGCAGAUUAAGUAAUGUGUGCUUGAACGGUGUCAAUGGGCAAUAAUUCCACUUGGUCGAGAUCUCUAUCCAUUAUUAGAAUCUAUUGAUAUAUCGUGCUUACUGGUUGAAUAAAAAGUUAGAAAUAAUUGCAAACUCAAUCUGUUUCGACUGAAGACCCCAUACUUUUCAUUCUCUUUCCAAAUUAUUACUUACCAUUUUAAGUAGAUGAGUCGUCACACGCAGAUAAAUCAGCAUAUGUAUUCACUCAUGUGUGAAAUUAAAAAAAAAACGAUUCAGUAAGUUGGCAAGUUAUUAAACCAAAACAGAAUUUAGAUUUUAAUAUUUUUAAACAAUGUAAGAGUUAAGGGCGUUUUCAUGAAAAUGACAUAUUUUCAUAUCACUUAUUUUGACGAAAUGUAAAGUCUUGUCAUGCACAAAUUUUGAUAUAUUAUAUGCAUUGAUGAUUUCCGUAUUGCUUUACGUGUAGAUUGACGUUUUGUGAAACUAUGUUCAAAUCGGUUUAGACUUGUUAACGCAAAAUAGUUAUGCAAUCAGUUUUAAAAUAACUGUAUUAUUAGAAUGUAAAGUAAUGUGAAUUUGAAGUCCGUAGUUCAGUACUAAACAAAAUCGCAGACGUGAGCGUGAUACGAUUUAGACAAAUUUUACAUCAUGCUACAAUUUUCAGAUCUAUUUUUACAAGAUUCCAUUUUUAUCCGAACGUUCUGGCUACCCUUAAAAGUCACUUUGUUUUUACGAAAUUAGCGUAGACUGGCUCCAAGUAAAAAGAAAGUGUGUGUGUAUCUUUAUGCUUGCUACCUUCAAGUCAAGCCGUAAAAGAAUCUGCAAAUGUUCAGAAGUAUUUUUUUACCCUGCAUUAUUCUCCGCAUGUGUAACAUCAGCCCUUUUAGUGUUGUUUGUAAGAAACUUUUUACCCCCCAUUAGCCAUUAUAAAUAAUGGUAAAGUGUCCUGUUUUCAAGAGCUUCUUAUAUACAGACUCUCAUGUAACUGCCAUAUAAUCCACAAUUGAAUUGUUUUAAUAUAGUCUCCUUGAAGAGUUUGGUUAUGAGUAAAGUUCUGGCUAUCCUCUGAGCUGUUAUCUUUGGUUCUAUCUAUUUCUUAUUCAAGAGCAAAUCCCAUCGGCAAUUCAUGAAAACCCGCCAUCGUCAAAGUUUGUUUGGUAAUCAAAUAAAACUUUCAUUUUAUUUCAAUUCUCUCUGCUAAACGUUAGUUUAGAUUUUAGGCGUCUUUUUGUAAGUCCUGUAUAAGUUGCGAUUUGAGAGUCAAAACUCCAUCACCGGCGAUGGGAGAUGAGCUUCAAUAAGUCAACUGAGGGAUAUUGUUUGGGGGCAGGGGAUCUGUGUGUCAAGAUACCGUCAAGGCACCUGAUGGGUAACCUAAUUGUGAAGCUCUUCUUUUUAACUUCCAUCCCGCGCGUUAUCCUCCCACCAGCGAACACUGUGCUUUGAGCAGCCGCUGCACCUGCUCCGCGCGACAUCCAUUUUCCGUCUUAUAACCUCAAGACGAACAUUCUGCUGCGAGGCAGUAGGACGUUAAGUCGUAGCAUUUGAGCGACGUUAAAGGCAUUCUGGUGAUGAACCGUUUGGUUGUGAACCAUUCGGCACUAAAAGCUACGCAAUAGCUUAUAAAAUCAGACGUUUGCAUGAGAUGAUUUAUAUCGAAACUAUGAACUAAUUUUGAUAGUUUUUGGUUGACUAGGACUUUGGUGGGUUUCAUUGCUUGACAUAGAACGUAUUUACUUGACAAAUUACCAUUUCCCAUUCUGACAUAAAACUGUGCCACUUUGCUUGUCAUUGAUCUUGUUGGCAUGCCAAAGCAUUGACAAAGAACUGCUAGUUCGUAACAAUUACUGAGUAAAUUACUUGACGUCGGUCUGUAGCUGUGCCAUUUGCGUGAAGCGCGACAACGUCUCUUACUUGACAUAGACCGUUUUUCUUGACGAAAUGUGUAGUGUCAUUGCCUCGACCUUUAGGACUGCGUUAAUUUUGUUCCAAUAUCACAGUGGCCGUUGCCGUUCUUAGACCGGCGUCAUUUGACAUGGCAUUUGCUUGACAAAAAUGCUUAUAAUAUUGUAGAGGAAAGAUAGCAUCAUUUUCACGACGUAGAACCGUAGAUCACCAAAAUUUAUUCAUAAAUAGAGUCUGACCUUUCCUUUUAAUAAUGUAAUUUUAAUUUCCAGACAUUGUUUCAAUCUCGAUUUUUAAAAAUUCACACAUUCCCUUGUUUCUGGGUGAUUAUUUUAUUCAUUUCAAGAUAGUCGAUGACCGAGAAAAGUGAAUGAAAUCUAUUUUCCAGAAGAGCAGCAUUAUAACGUAGCCUGCAAAAAAAUCAACGAAAUCUGAUUUUGUGCACGAGUAUGGUAAUGAUAUUGCAUUCCCACGGGGAUAGAAUACAAAAGUGCUGAAGCAUUGUAUAAUUAUGAUGCGUAUUUUCAGUCAAAACAGGCUGUUAUACAAUUAGACUUGCCUCGUGUCAAAUAUUCACGAGGAUAAUUGGAGAAUAAUUUGAACUCGAUUUCGAAACUGUGCCAAUGGACCUUGGCCAGUGGUGUGACUCGCAGGUUGCAUUUAGAAGUUAAUCUGACUCCCAAAUUGAUUGAAAAAGUAGACCAUAAUCACAAAAAAUAUACAAGAAUUUUGGUGUGUGUCUUUCAGGCAUUGAGGAGAAAUGGGAAUUGUCAGUGCGUGAAUUAAGCCACUUGGAAACAAUUGUUUUUUAGAAUAUGCAUACUGAAAUUCUGCUUUAAUGAAAUUCGACACAACUUUGUUUUUCCUAUAAAACUUCAGAAAGCUACAAUUUUGUUAACGGACUUUCAGACAGACUAUCUUAACAGAACAACGACCUGAAAUAAAACCUAGGGUAUGUUUCAAAAAAUAAAUCCGGCAGUUUUAAACCUUGUAAACAUGUAGAGACAAAUGUUUGAUGAAUAAAAAGAAUACAUCAAAUCUAUUUCUUGCAACCCAAUGCCUUGCAUCAUUUAAGUAGUAAUUUUGAUAGAAUUUUCUAUAAAAAUAAAUAAUGAACAGAUGAAGCCGAAAUCUGAUAACUUGAUAAUAUUCACGAGGUAUAAUUACGAACAGCCCAGUAGUUACGUCUCUCCCUCUCCCCACCCCUCCGAACGAGGAAAAUGUGUUGUAAACUGAAGGGAGAAGAAAAUAAUUUGACAGAGUUCUAGAGGGCAUGUAUCAUUAGACUUAUAUUUUCAAAACCCGAUACAUCUCUAAUAAAGCAACCAAUGCUAGUUGCUUAUUCUUACUCACUGUAGACGGAAUUCUGCCAUCUCCUUUAUCUUAUUUUGUAUUUUUUAACAAGUGCACACUUAGUUACUAAUAAUGCA